UAUCCGGAUUUAGAACGGUUGGACGAUCAUCUGGUGGGCGCCCAUCACUUCAAGCAGGACGAAUUCCCAUGCAAACUCUGUGCCCAGCGCUUCAGCCAUCGUCCUUUGUUGAUCAAACACGAGGCGAUAUCCCACAAUAAUAUACGGAAAUAUUCCUGCGAGAAUUGUAGCAAGGUAUUUUGUGACCCAUCGAAUCUACAGCGCCAUAUUCGCGCCUACCACGUCGGCGCUCGCUGUCAUCCGUGUCCGGAGUGCGGCAAGACAUUUGGGACCUCGUCGGGGCUCAAGCAGCACCAGCACAUCCACUCCUCGGUGAAGCCGUUCGCCUGCGAGGUCUGCUUCAAGGCGUACACGCAGUUCUCGAAUCUGUGCCGACACAAGCGGAUGCACGCCACCUGCCGCAUGCAGAUCAAGUGCACCAAGUGCAACCAGAGCUUCAGUACCGUCACCUCGCUCUCGAAGCACAAGAAGUUCUGCGACUCCACGGGCUCGUACCGCAACCAGCCGUUGGGGCGCCACCAGCAUCCGUUGUCCGCCACCUCGACAUCCAGUCAGCCCCAGCCAGGGAGCGACUCUCAGGGAGAAUCAUCAUCUGCUGCUGCUGCGGCCGCUGCUGCCGCUGCCGCCAUGACGACGCCACCAAAUCCCUUCCUCAUGUUCCGCCCAGGACCUCCGUUCUUCCCUGGAUUUCCGCCGUAUGGUCUCCCAGGGAUCUUCCCGUCGAGUCCCCUGAGGGCCGCCAACUUUCCGCUCUUCUUUCCGAAGCCACCGAUGGACAUGGGCUGCGGCAUGCCGCCCAUGACCUCGCCCAAUGCCGCCUUCCGCCAUCAUCCCUUCGCCCUGGAUCUGGAGAGACAGCAGGGCGGACGGUCGCCCCAUCAGGAGCAUCAUCAGGCGAAGGCGGAGCGAGGCUCCACGCCCGACGAGAAGAAGCUCAAGUCGGAGCCACUCCUGCAGGUCUCCGAAGAGGACGAAGACGAGGAGGAUCUCCAGUCCAGGGAUAUGAAAAUGGAGCACGAAGAAUCCAAUAAGGAUCUCAAGUCUGAGGAGCGGAAGGAGCCGAAGAGGGAGAACUCGCCCGAUCAGCAGCAGGCUGAAGAUGAUAGGAAAUCUAUCGACAUCAUUAGCACGCCACCGCCCACGGACUCGACGUCGGAGAAACCCACCUCGGAGCUGCCUCUCGAUCUGUCCAUUUGCCGCAAGCGUUUCCCCUCCUACCGCAGUCGUACGCCGUCGCCGACGCCUUCGCCGCUCAUGUUUCUGCCCGACGAGGACGUGGAUGCAGAGCCUCCGAUGAAGCAGAGCCGCAAAAGCCACAGCUCGGGGGAGUCCUCCACGUCGCGGCAGUCCUACAAGGGCAGCAGUCCCACGCCCAGUGCCUCGCCAGGACCCACACCAUCGCCAUCGCCGCCCACAAGUGCCGGGGGGGAGAUGAGCAGCAUGUCGGAGGGAGCUGUGGCAGCCGCCCAGGCUGCAGCAGCGGCCGCUGGAGCGGCUGAGGCUGCCACGGCGGCGGCCAUGGCCUGUCCGCGGCCACUGCAUCCGCUGCUGCUGGAGGAGAUCUAUCGAUCGCGGGCCCUGGCCGGACUCUCCCAGCGCACGUUUCCUUUUUUAUGCCCAACGGGCGGACGGCCAAAUAUUGAGGCGAUGCUGACAGCAGGAGCAGCCAACGGCAAGGGCUGCUCGACACCCUCGACCAGGCCGCUUCCGCCCGUGAAUUUUCGCGAGGCGUUGCGCUACGCCACCGCCAGUGCCCGCUCACCGAGCGCCCUCAAGACCAAGGACCGCUACACCUGCAAGUUCUGCGGCAAGGUGUUCCCCCGAUCCGCGAACCUCACGCGCCACCUGCGCACCCACACGGGCGAACAGCCGUACUCCUGCAAGUACUGCGACCGGGCCUUCAGCAUCUCCUCGAACCUGCAGCGCCACGUCCGGAACAUCCACAACAAGGAGCGGCCCUUCCGCUGCGAGCUGUGCGAUCGGUGCUUUGGCCAGCAAACGAAUCUCGAUCGUCACGUGAAGAAGCACGAGGCGGACGCCAACGGCACGGGCGGGGGCUUUGGCGACUUCAGGGACUCCCCCAGUUCCGCGGAGGCCGAGCGCGAUGAGUACUUCGACGAGAUCCGCACCUUCAUGAAUCGCGUGUACACGCCCAACAGCUUGGGCGGGGCCGAUGGCGACACGGAGGAGUAUGCGGGCAGCGAUGAUCAGUUGUCCGUGUCCACCCGUCAGUCCGUCAAUCUCGACAAGGAUACCAGCAACAAUAAUACCAGCAACAGCAACAACAAUAACAACAACAGCAACAGCACGAAUGGAGGAAAGGCCAUUACAGUGAGCACUUGAAGAAGUGACCCAAGAAGGAGUACGGGAGAGUUGUCCAAGUGUUGAAUUGUUAGGCUAGGUCAUUGAAAACUUACUUUAACUCUUACUUAAGCGUGCCUCCGAGAGGGAAUCUAAUGUUUAAGUAGUCUCUAUUUCCACGAAAAACUUAACCAUGUAAAAUUGUUCGAAAAAAAACACUAUUCGUUAGCUAUGCAAUCAAUGGAAAAAGACGGUGAAGCAUGCAGUAUAUAUACAGCUCUGAUAUUACGGAUUACGGAUUACGGAUUAAAGGGAAAGCCACAUGUUUCAGUAAACCAUAUACCAUAUACAUUUGAACUAUAUAUACGAACUAUAGACACACCCACUCUACUACUAAAACCACCUUAAAUUGUAGCUAAUUGCCCUUUGUACAUAAAUAUAAUGAAGAUCCUAACUUUAACUAAUUG